CCAGUCGAAUUCCCGGGGGAAAGCCGAGAGCCUUCAAGUACCAUGCUGGCGGCUCAGGAGGUGGCAGCAGCCCUUCUGCUGGGCACUACCCGGUCGGACAAUGUCAAGAAGAGCACUGGGCGACCUGUGGUGAAGCUGGUGUUGACUGACACCGAGCUGGGGGAGCAGGAGGUAGUUCCCUUAAAACCCAUCGAUAUGACCCGAGUAUUGAAAUUGUUUGAAGAUCCGUUCUCUAGAGAUUUAGUAGAGCGGCACGUCAGAGUUUUGAAGAAAGUUGCCAAAACAUAUUGCAAUGGUAUUCUCCUGAAAGAUCUUCCCCAAAUAGUGACAAUUUUAAAUAUCUGUGCAUCGAGAGCCGAAGACCACACAGAAUACAUAGAUCGCAUGUGUGACAUUGUGAAGCUCUGCGGCCUCCCAUUCCUAAAAGAGAGGAUGUCAGAUGAAGCCACAUACGCACUGGCUGUUGCAGAUUCCUUUUCUCAGUUAGGCUGCCUGAUGAGGGUACCGAGUUCCCAGCUGAGGAUACAGAUCUGCAAGUCCAUUGCCAACUUUUACAAUCCAGAGAGGUCAAAACAGCAGACUGAAGGUUUUCAACCAACCAGCAUAGGGUACAAGAUACAGAUGGCUGAAUUGGGGGGUUUGGCGGAGACCCUUGUUUUGUCUCUGACAUUGCUUGAGAAUCAACUGCAGGAGAAGAUAGCACUGCUGAAAGUACUGCAGCUUCUCUCAAACUCCAUUGGGAACUGUAAGCUUAUGGCUAAAGCUCAGGCUGCCUGCCGGAUCUGUUCCCGACUUAAUGACCCCGACCCCUCCGGACAGGUUCUCUUUCGCUCCUCUGAAAUUCUCUGGAAUCUGCUGGAAAAGGGACCUAAAGAAGAGAUUAUUAUUCAGCUCAGUAACAUAGAGUGUAUUUAUGCACUCAAGGACUCCUUUGUACGUCUUCUCACCAAUGGCUACAGACAUUACGACCGGCAGCUGCGAAAUGACCUUCUAGUAAUCGCUACAUUGAUCGCAGAGAACAAUUGCUCUCCACUGGUUGAAAGCGGAUUUGCCAAGCAACUGAUCUUGUUUGCCACUUUUUCUGAAGUUAAAAGUCACAACCCAUUGGUUAAAAGUUUAAAGCUUUUACACAAGCAUGAAGACUUUGAGAUGAAGAAGCUGUUGCUGAACAUGAUGGUGGUGUUAACUAAAGAUCUAUCGACAGUUCAGUUGCUCUGUGAUGGAAAGGUGGUUUUAGCCCUUUUUAACUAUGUCAAAGCAAGUGAAAAGCCUGGAGCCCAUGACUGGCCUGCUGCCCGUUUUGAAGACUUACAGCUCCAUGCCAUUGCAACCUUAUCAACAAUAGCUCCUCUGCUGGUGGAGGAAUACAUGACCUGCCAAGGAAAUACUCGUAUCCUUCUCUUCCUAGAAUGGUGCACCGGUCAAGAUGGAUUCUCUGGCCAGGGUAAUUGUUUCCAUGGCACUGGUGGUCGGGGCAACAAGCACGCCCAGAUGCGCUACAGCUUGAGACUGCUGAGGGCUAUGGUGUCCAUAGGGGAUGAGACUCUGAAUCAGGACCUCUGUGAUCAGGGAGCAAUUAAUCAACUCUUAGGGAUACUGAAGAAAAGCUCAGCCAGUUCUAGUGAUAACUUCAUUUUGCUGGAGAUGCAGUCUGACAUCCUCGUCAUUCUGUCCUCACUGUGCGAGAAUGAUGCACACAGAAAGGAAUUGUUUGGCCCAGAAGGAGUAGAUGUACUGAUACAGUUCCUAAAGAUGGACCCCUCUAAGUUUUCUAGUGGUCUCGGCCACAACAAACUACUUUUCUGCACACUAGAUUCUGUUUGGAGUUGUGUUAUAGGAUGUUUCUCGUCAGAGGAUUACUUUCUUGAAAAAGAAGGCUUGUUUAUUAUAUUGGAUUUAUUAGCACUUAAUCUGAAAAACAUGAACAACCUGUUACUUGGGAUAUUGGUGGAAUUCUGUGAUAAUCCGAAAACUAUUCCACAUAUUUUAACCUGGAGGGGAAAAGAUAAUGACACGGUCCCAAAACUCCUUGUCCGAUUGUGGAAACAAGAAGAGGAGGAGCUGGGAGUAAGGAGAGACCAUUUUGGACGUAUAAUUGAUGCACAGAGACCCCUGGUUGGGCAGUUCCAAGAAGAGCAGGAAGUCCUACCAAUGCCGGCCAACCGCUUUAGUGUUGCAAUCAUGGAAGUGGCUGAAAAUAUAAGAGCCAAAAUCUAUUCAGUCUUUUCCAGGCUAGGCUUUGAAAACUUGCCUGGCUUAUCUGCACUGGAUUAUGUCACUCUCAGUGUAAUAAGCAGAUAUCUUGAUUUUAAACAUGUACAACAACUUGUCUCAAUCAUAGCCGAACUGACAGCAGAAAACAUCCAGCCGGUAACCUCCGAUUAUGAAGCUCUGGAGGUCAUUGAAAAGUCUGCAGAAAACAUCAGUAAACUUGUUGCUUCUCACCAGACAGAGAUGAUUGAAAAUCACAAACAAAUGGAGCUCCAGGAAGAACAGCAAAAAUAUGCAGAUAUUAAAGCGAGCCACAAACAGAGCGAAAUAGUCAUGAAAACAUGGGAUAAAUUCCUGGCCAGGACAUCCAAUUAUGAGGUCCUAAAGAAAGCAAAACGGCAUCAGGAAAAAUCCAUUGAAUCUUCGAGACCGAAAGCAAGACCAGACAAUUCAACCUUCCACUCUACACAAGUCUCAAAGCUCAAUACUACGGUUGCUUUUGGCCGUCACGUGACUGUAGAAAGCACACCGUCUAAGCUCACCGGUGGUCCCUUGGCUGAUACAGACCUCGCCCUCCUGCGCGCCCCAAUCCGGGGAGGAGCUCUGCAGAAGACCAGAUCUGUCAAACUGCUGAACUAA